AUGUGCGCAUUAUUAUCGACGGUUAUAUCGCACUAAAGGAGCAAUAAAGGACACGCGAAACGCGCGAUUAGGAUCGAUUCGGUGCUAACAAAGGCGGAUUAAAAACUGACAAUCUCCGUAAAUCCCAUUUUUGCAGAAUUUCUCCGGCGGAAGCGCGUGCGAUUCCAUUUCGCGAACAUUUGCGAUUGAAUCCGCGGCGGCCGGUGGUAAAACCGAGGUGGCGAAAAUUCCAGACGAGCAAUUUGAGUGGAGAUGAUUGAACCAUGUUGGCCGUGAUAAUAGAGUACCGGAGACAAAUGCACACGCUCCGCGUGCGCACCGCUCUCUUCUUCUGCUUCAAAUAUCCGGAACCGGCAGCGAAAGGACGUUGCAGCGAGUGGCCGAUCGAAAGUGGCGAUCUGAAGCGUCGAUCGCGGGCUUCCGCGAUCGACGAUUCACGAAUUUUCGCGGCCACUCGCUGCGAAACGGCGGAGGACGAGGCUUGGCUUUUGGCCGCGCGGAAAUUAUGUCAUCCCGUAAAUUUCCGCCGGUAGUCGGCGAGAGAUCCAUUCAACAGGCCGCUGGAUACUGGAAAAUGCGCGUAACUGGAAAAUCACUCGGUCACGUGGCGAGAGAGGAGGAAAGAGACGCUCCCCGUUGUCCGUGACCGGCCGCGCCCGUCGCCCGAUGAAUUCCGGCAAUUCGGCCAAACUGUCAUUCGGCAAAAUUGCACGGCGUAUUCUCGCGGAACCCCGACCGGCCGCGGAGAAAUGAAGAUUUCCGCUUUAUGGAUUUUACAUCGGCCCCGACUCUCCUCCGCACGGAUCGCUCAACGUCGCCGCUUCGCUUCCGCGGCUGUGCACUCUCUGCGAAAUCCUCGUUACGUAUAAUUGAUCUCUCCGAGGAUAAUCGAUCAUUUUCAAACAGGAGGAUCCUCGCCGCUCCUCGAGCGCUCCUGAGCGCGUCCUAAGCCUCACAGAUGUAACUAAUCGUCGACCGGCCGGCCCGCCGGUAGCCGCCGUCUGCGCUUCAAGUGCUCCUCUUGCUGUCGUUGAAGACAGCGGCGCGAUCAAUGGCUCGCAGUGGUUAUCGCGUCGCGGCGAGAUCGGGCCGCCGAUUCUUCCGCUGCGGCUUUGUGUCGGCCUCGAGCGCUGCUUUGGCUUGUCGUAUUUCUCGAGGAGCCGCAAUUACUUCGAGACAGAGAGCCUGUGUGUUGUUGUCGCGCGCACGGAACAGCGCCGCGUUUCGAUCGAUGAGAGGAGCGGCGAGAGAGCGAGAGAGAGAGAGAGAGAGAGAGAGAGAGAGAGAUACUGUCAAAAACACGCUCGUCGAAUCGUUGAUCCACGUCCGGCGAAAUCGGCAGCAAUCGGAAUCAGUCAUGUGGCGAUAAAUCUUGCCGCGGAAAAACGGCCUCGCGUUCGCGCGGACGCCGCUGUGAAAUAUGUGAUAUCCUGGCUGAUCGAUCCCGCGCGAAGGGAACCUCGCGCGCGUUUUGUCCCCGUACGCCGAAGCGGCCUAUUACAGAUUCGGCGAAUUUCGCAGCUGCCGGCGCCUCCGUUAUCACGCGGAAUUGUCAGCGCGAAUGCUCGAGAGGUGCCGCGCGCCGAAUAAAGCCGAUCGCACGCGGAAUCGGAGGAAUCAAUGAUAAUAUCCGUCGGUUGGGACGACGCGCGCUCGCCGCCGUUCGAACGUCGAAAUACGCGUGGAUAAAUGGAAUCGAUAAUGAGGCUAAUUAUUCCGCGCUCAUUUCGGCGCAAGAGCACUAUCCAUAAUCGUGCAUUCGAUAUCGGGACAUUCCUGCCGGAGUAAUACGCGCCCCGCCCGCCGUUUCCAGCCCCGGCCGGCCUCGAUAACUUUCGCUAAUAAUUCGUGGGAGAUCCAAUUACUUCGGCCGUCGCGACACUUUUGCCGUCGACGGUACUCACUCGCGCGAAACGACCGCGAAUUUCGGCGGAAAUUCCAGUUUUAUUCUCGUCCCACGAAAAAAAGCAAACGGCGGAGGGAGGGACAGCGUUUCUCUUAAUCCCGCGCGCUUUGUCUCCAUCGCUCCAACGGACUUUCAAUUAUCUGCUGAUUGUGUCGCUCGUAUUAAAAACGCCAUUGCGCGAGAGCGCCGUUGUUGCGUCGAACGCGCUGCAGCGCCGGCACUCGUGCCGGCGCACGACGCUCGAUCGCACAACACACACGACGGUGCCUCAUUCACAUGAGCGCUCUGCAAAAAUCCUGAUCGCGCAAGUUGGCCGCGUAAUCGAUGCCGAUUGUGCGCGCCUAUGUAACGCGCGCGUGCGCCCAUUUUAAUUCCGCGAGUGCCGGCGAUGACGCUGAAUACGGAACGUUCGCGUUCCCCCGGCAGUAACGCGUCGCUAAACUCGCCCAGCGAUCGCUGCGUUCGCACCGCCUCAAGUCGCUUCUGUUCUCAAGUUUCACAACGUCGGAGUUCGUGAAAAGUCGCGCCAGGCUGAACGAGAAGACGUCGAGCAUCCAGGCGUAAUGGUAUUAGGCGAGAAAGACAGAGCCGCGUAGACAGUUGGGGAGAGAGUGAGAGAGAGAGAGAGAGAGAGAGAGAGAGAGAGAGAGAGAGGGAGAGGGGCAGAGAGGAGAAGGGAAAAGAGGCGGUAGACGGGUCGGCCGGUGCGUGGGUGCACGCGUGUAAUGGUGAAGCGAGUCGCACGCGCACGAUGCAGCUGAUGACCUUGAACUCCCUGCUGAUGUUCGACCUCGUGUUCCUGUUUUUCUUGUUCCUCGUCGGGGUCUCCUGCCUCGUGUACUACCUGCCGGGUACUCGGGCGCAUGCCUUCGCACCGCACGAGAUCAUCACGGCGCGAACGCCGCCGCGCUAUGACGCGCCGAUCGACAAUGUGUAAGAAUGCCGACGGACGGGGGUCCAGGAGGACUCGCGGUAGUGGCAGGGGAUGUCCUUGCUCUGCGAGGCACAGGACUCGCCGCUGCAGAAACCUGGGCUCUCCUCUGCCAGGCUGCCCAGGCCCUCCAGGACCUUUUCCUUUCAAAUGGAGGCGUAGUCGGUGGCUCGAGAACAGGCCCAGUGGUGACUCCGCACACGCUGGAACUGACACCACGUGGUAGGGUUUUACUGCAGCUCGCACCGCCGGAAACCGCUCGGGCGUACCUGCCGCCAGAAUAUCGACCCGGCCGCGUUUAUUCGGACACGGAUUCGGAAAAAAUGUGGAUGUACUCAUUAGGAAGAGCGUUAUUGGAUACAACUCCCAGAGUAGCGGCGUUAAUGGGAACCGUUUCCGUUUCGCCCUCCUCCGCCCUGCAGUCGGUUUUGGCUGCUAUGACGGAGCCUGAUCCUCGCAGACGUGCCUCUUUGAUGAAUCUCCUCGACGUGAUAUCCGAAUAUUGCCGAACACGUCUACAAACGAAGCCCUUCACGCACAUCGUGAUGGACAUGUAUCAGGAGGUCCUGGGGUCGCCGCAGUACGCCGCGCGAACACGGGCGGUCUACUACCAGUUGAACAGCCUGUGCCCCGCGCGGAGUAUCAUCGACCAGUCCAACCAGCAAAAGAUCUACGCCCACAAUUAUCAUCACCACCACCAUCAUCACCACCGUCGUCGUCAUCGGCGACAACAGGACCAGGCCCAGGCGGCGAACAGUCAGCAGCCGUCGUCUUUCGCGCAUCAUCAGGCUCGCGCGGCGCAACAUUCGUCGACUGUCCAAUCAGCGCGCAAUCAGCAAGCUCCCGACCCCGCUCAGCACCCGGUCAACCAGUUUCGCGCGCUCCAACAUCCACAGGAGCAGCAGCAGCAGCGGCAACAAUCGCCGCCGCCGCCGCCGCCGCCGCCACCGCCCCCGCCCAAGAGCCACCGUCACCAUCAUCACGCCAAGGAAACGUACUUCCGCACGCAGUCGCGCAACUCGCAGUCGCAGCCGAACCUGACGAACCUAUGCGGACCUGUGCAAUCGCAGCAACCGCAGCAGCAACAGCAUCAGGGAGCGACGCUAAGCGCGUGCCGGGUGCAGUUCCAGUCGCAACUGGACAUCCAGAACGGCAGCCGAUCGAUAGGACCGGCGGCGAGCCACCAUCAACGCAGACACCAUCAUUCCAGGACAUACUCGCAACCGGUCUACACGCGACUCCAGCACACCAGGAGCAGCGGCAAUCUACCAGCGACGACGAACGCGCCCGACGCCGGUAAUCCCGCCGGGGAUGUUUACAACGACCCGAUAUAUGCCCUGCCGGUUAAGCCCUUCCUCAGCUCCCAGGAUGUGCGAGUCAAUGGACUGUCGCCGAAGGCGACCGCGGCGACUCGCCGCGCCGACGAUGUUUACAGCAGCGGAUCAUCGUCGAUAACCAGGCGUCCUUCGAACACCGGCUGCUCCCAGCCCGACGUGGCGUCGCAGACGAACGAGCGCCUUCGCGAGGACAUUUACGGACGAGCGCCUUCGGGGAGGAUGUGCCUGCAGAGGCAACACUCGAACCCUCAGUUGCCGAGCAGAACGCAAACUGACGAGGACUUCAAGCGGCUGUCGCAGCCGAGUGUCGCGACGGCCGAGCCUCGGUGCGCCGACGUCGUCGCGCGGAAGGAAGAACAGACGGCACGGCAACAAAAUCCAGUGUCUUCCAUGAGGCUCCGGGGAAUCCAAGGACCCCCGAAGCCGCCCCGAAUUAUCACCACCCUGAGAAAAGCCGCUCUCUCCGACUCGGAGUGCAACAGCCAGACGGAACCGCCGGCGAAGCCUCCCAGAAUCAUAGUGCGAAACGGACCAAGAGCUCGACGGGGAAAAGCAGUGCAAAGGGCACCGUCGCGGCUUUACCGUACACUGGGUGGGCCUAUGAGGUGUUUCAACAAGGCGCAAUGCGUGGGCCCUGAAUUUGUGGUUCGCGCUAACCAGCCUCCAAAAACAUUGUGUGUGGGUCAAGUCAAGGCGAGCAACUCUGGCCGAAUAGUCGUAAUAAUGCUGACGGGACAACGAGUGGAGGUAACCUGUGAUCCUCAAAAGGUCACCGCUGGAGAUUUAUUCCAGGCCAUUGUCCAGGCGGAGAGCCUCGACGAGAACUUCACUCUGGGCCUGGCCGUGCUGCUGGCCGGGGAUUUCGCAAUGCUGCCGCCCGACACGAAAUUGAAUAAGGUCGCGCCACCGGGAUGGCUGAGCAGCGGCAAGAGCAAGGGUCUUUUGGGUUUACCGACCAGUUUCAUGUUAUACCUGCGGCUUCGAUUCUUCCUGCCCUCUCUGCGCGGCAUCAGGAGCUGGAUAUCGAAGCAUCUGUUGUAUCUACAAAUACGGCGGUGUAUCCUGGAGCAGCAGCUGGUAUGUCCCUAUCCCGAGCUGAUCAAUCUGACAGGACUCGCUCUUCAAGCCGAAUUCGGGAAUUACAAUUUUGACGAACACGGCUGCGGGGAUUACUUCCUGCUCGAGCACUACGUGCCGGAGUCCUUGAUAAUGAAUGCGGACCGGCAUCAAUCGCAACCGUGCGUCGAGGCGGAUGUCCUCCGGGCGCAGCUACACCGCGCUCACCACGACCGGCGCGGCUUGGACUCCAACAAAGCCGAGGAGAUGUUCAUAACUCACGCACAGUCUCUGCCGGAUUACGGCUCGCACUACUACAUCGCCACGGUGGACUCCAAGGAGCUGGAGAAGCUGAUGGCGCAGCAAAGGAAGAGCAAGAGCAGCGGCGGCGGCGGCGGCGGCGGCAUCGAUAAACGUGCCGGAAGCGCGCCCUUGUCGCAAGACGGCGCCAAGGACGACGCUUAUCGCGCGGAGAAGACGUCGGUACCGAGAGAAAGCAGAAUAGGAAUCCCGCGAUUGGGCUCCCGCGAGAACGCCCCGAUGAUCCCCUACUCGGACACGGGCGACAUUUACACCGGGCAAAAGAGCAGGUCGCAUCGCGACGAGAGCCGCAACAAUAGUCACAACCAUGUGAAUAACAACAACAGCAACAACAGCGUAAGCAGCAACAACAAUAAGAACAGCAAGACCGGCAAGAAGAAGACAGAGAGCAAUGUGUGGCUGGCGAUACACGCUCAAGGCUUGAAGCUAUUAGAAAGAGGGGGCGAGCCGAGGGAGAGGACGGAAUUGGCCCAGUUUCAGUGGCGGGACGUGCAGACGUUGAGUUACAGCAAAAGCUGCCUAGUGGUGUAUAGCAAACUGAACGGGAAGCGGUGCAAGUUCAAGCUGCGGAUGGAUCAUCGAAAAAGUUACUUCGCUUUCAAGCUCACCUCCCUGCACCACCAGUUCUUCCUCAGACUUCGCUCGGAGCUUACGUCGCUUCAGGGCCUCGCGAAAGAUUUUGGAGUGCCCCUGAUAACGGAAACUAAAGCUUCACCGUCCAAGUCCAAGAUCGGCGAGGGUAAGACGAAGAUAGCGAUCGCGAACACGAUGAUGGUGCAACAGAGGAUAAACUACCCGAUGCAAUUGGAAGAGUAUCAGAACAAGGAGAACGAGAAUCCUCAGAAAGACACUAACGUACCCGCCGCGAAGGACGUCGGUCGUGACGCUGGCUUUUACUCGCCCGAAGAAGACGCGCUUUAUGCGCAAGUAAACGUGCGGUUGGAACCGGAAGGCGAGUCGCGCGACACCGAGGAGGAAUCGGAUCGGGGCUUGACGACACCGGAGGAGAUCCUGUUGGACUCUAAGAAAGAAUGUAAAUCGGAACACGGUAAACUUUACGGGUGUCCGGUGCUGGACAGCGAGGCUGAAACCGACUGCACGUACUCGCUCCCAAAGGCCAUAUCGAGCAUUAAUCAACUGGAUAAACCUGAAGAACUGUACGCCGCCAUUAAUAAGGUUCGUCUGUCGGGAAAGAGCGAGUUUCCGGCUCCGGAGGAAGUUUGGAAAAGCUCGGAUGGGAGGAAAACACUCAACAAGAUGAAGACAUCCAGUUUACCGAACUACGGCACACCGAAGCAGUCGGGUGGUUUCCGCACGCCCAGUUUACCACGUCGACUGGGUGUGAAAAUGGGAACACGCGCGAUCUACAGCAGUCUAGCGCAGAAAGACACCGCGCUUACCGACGACACGGAAUCAUUGUCCAUGAAGUCCGACACCGAAUCGUCCAUUCAGUCAUUAUCGGCACGAUCCGGCGAAUCGCCCAUGCCGGAAGCAUACGUGCUGAACGCCGAUAUACGGACCGAUGAUGAAACAUUCCGAGUUCCCGAAGACGAAUCAAUGUCCGCGUCUCUAAUGGCUCGUUUAGAGGAGCUGUCAUUCGCCGAAGAACGAAUCCUGCACACGAUUAAUUUAGAACGAGGUCACGGUGGCAGCAUAGGCUUGCAAGUAACGGAAGGUAACGACGGCGGGGUUUACGUUCAAGCGGUCUCCGUCGGCGGAUCGGCCGAUAUGGCCGGAAACGUUAACAAAGGUGACCGAAUUGUGGCGAUAAACAAACAGAAUCUACUAAAUCUUCGCUACGAAGACGCUCUGAAGAUGCUGCAGAGCUCCUCCGAAACGAUCGAGCUGGUUCUGUCGCAAGCCGUUACCCGGAAGAGCGCGGAAUCGAGGGACGGACAGGAUCAAGGUCCUGCAGAUGGCAAUUAUUUACAUGAUAUCAGAUUCGACGUGUCGUCGGAAGCGGAGACGUCCAGCAUGACGAACAAGUGGAUCGUGCAGAAAACCACGGACGUAGCGUCGGUGCAGAACACUUCGAGCGCGUACAGCAGUGCCGCGUCCAGCGCCAUGGGCAAUCAUAAUGCGAACAGCCUGUACAUGACUGAUCUCGUUGACAAUAACGCGUUAAAAUCUGCCAGUAUGCUGCUAAGCCUAGAAGACUUCGACGUCAGUAGAACGAGCCGCCAGGUUUUCAUUUAGGUAUGUCGGACAAUGUGAAGACCGCGGCCGACAUGCGCUGCUCACGUGUCGAAUAUGUGCGCUCGCGCGUACGCGCAAUUUUGUUUAUGUAAAAUUCGCGCUCGACCUAUUACGUCUCGCCGGGCGUAUGUAUGCCGGGACGGAACGUCUGCGUCGAGGGAAAUUCUAUUUGCGAAAAGACUAUUAGGCCGUACGCAGCCAUGCCGAACAGACACGGCAACGUGUUCACCUCGGAUAAUCAAAUUGUUGCAAUCCGUUUAGCGAAGCCCUGCUCGCAGUUUGCCAAAGUGUACGCCGCCGUUCACCACUCUUAACAUUUGCCCACUUGGCGGAGAAUGUCAAACGACCUAUCUCGUACCUCGUAAAUAAAAGAGAAACUUUCGGUUUCACACUCGAGGGAAAAAUGUCCAAACGAUUUUGACGGAAAAAACGCGCAUGUUCGUCCGUUUCUCACCAAGCUGAAAUUC